CCCCCUCUAUCCAUCACCAUCCGACGAGAAAGUUUAGGUUCAAAGUCUGGGUCCAAAAUUCUUUAGUUUUUAGUGAACUUUUAUUUAUUUUUAAUUUGCUGUUUACAUAACAAGUUUUUCAAAAUGUCUAAUAGUAAAAUGUUUAAUGCACUCAAGAUCCUGAAACGCCGUAGUAAUGUGAAUUUUUUAAACAGACUGCACAACAGGAACUUUGCGGCGGCAGCUUCUUCACAAGUCCAUACAAAAUGUAAAUUGGUUAAUGGAGUAUAUGUUAUUACUUUGGAUUCGCCUAAUGUAAAAGUUAACUCUCUUAAUGAAGGUGUUAUGAAUGAAGUCUCAAGUAUAGUCAAUGAAAUUGAUUCAAACCCAGCGAUAGAAGCCGCCGUUAUAAUAUCUGGAAAACCAGGAUGUUUUAUAGCCGGCGCCGACAUUACUAUGAUAGAAAGUUGCAAAACGAAAGAAGAAGUAGCCAAACUCUCCAGAAAUGGUCAUGAAAUAUUCAAGAGGAUUGAAAACUCCCGGAAGCCUUUUGUGGCUGCAAUACAAGGAAGCUGUCUGGGAGGGGGCUUGGAGACAGCCCUGGCAUGCAAGUACAGGAUUGCAGUUAAGGACGCAAAGACAGGAUUUGGUCUGCCUGAAGUCAUGUUAGGCCUCUUGCCUGGUGGUGGUGGUACACAAAGACUGCCAGCCCUUACAUCCAUUCCAACAACUUUGGACUUGGCUCUGACUGGAAAAACAGUCAAAGCUGAUAAAGCAAAGAAACUUGGUAUUGUGGACCUUUUAGUUUCUCCACUUGGACCUGGUAUUGGACAGCCAGAGCAGAAUACAAUACAAUAUUUGGAAAAGGUUGCUAUUCAAAUAGCCAAAGACAUUGCCACGGGAAAAAUAAAGGUUGACAGGAGUAAGAAGGGAUUAGUUGACAAAGUUACUGCAAUGGCUAUGCAGUGGGACUUUGUUAAGAACUUCAUAUUCAAGAAAGCUAAGGAACAAGUGAUGAAGGCAUCUCGAGGUUUAUAUCCUGCCCCUCUAAAGAUCCUCGAAGUAGUUAGAACAGGUGCAGACAAAGGUCAAGCAGCGGGCUAUGAGGCAGAAAUCCAGGGCUUCGCUGAGCUGGCCAUGACACCACAGAGCAAAGGCCUUAUUGGCCUAUUCAGAGGUCAAACUGAAUGUAAGAAGAACAGAUUCGGCAAGUCACAAGUUGAUGUAAAAUCGAUUGGGGUGCUCGGUGCGGGCUUGAUGGGCGCAGGCAUCGUACAGGUGUCGAUCGACAAGGGCUACAAGGUGGUGCUGAAGGACGCCACCAACGCUGGCCUGUACCGCGGCGUCGGCCAGAUACAGAACGGGCUCGUCAACGCCGUCAAACGGAAGAGAGUCUCCUCUUUACAAAAGGACAAGUUCCUAUCGAACCUGCUGCCAACAUUGGACUACAGCAAGUUCAAGAACGCGGACUGUGUGAUUGAGGCAGUGUUUGAAGACAUCAACAUCAAGCACAAAGUGAUCAAGGAGCUGGAGGCGGUGGUGCCGAAGCACUGCAUCAUCGCGACCAACACCAGUGCUAUCCCUAUCACUAAAAUCGCUGCAGGCAGCAGCCGCCCUGAUAAAGUUAUUGGCAUGCACUACUUCUCGCCGGUGGACAAGAUGAUGCUGCUGGAGAUCAUCCGCCACCCUGGCACCAGCGACGACACGGCGGCCGCGGCUGUAGCGGUGGGGCUCAAGCAGGGCAAGGUGGUCAUCACGGUCGGCGAUGGACCCGGCUUCUACACCACGCGCAUUCUCUCCACCAUGCUCAGCGAGGCCGUGAGGCUACUACAGGAAGGUGUCGAUCCCAAAGAUCUGGACAAUAUGACGAAGCAGUUCGGUUUCCCCGUGGGCGCCGCCACGCUGGCCGAUGAGGUUGGCAUCGACGUAGGAUCUCACAUUGCCGUCGAUUUGGCUAAGGCAUUUGGUGAUCGUAUUAGCGGUGGAGAUUUGAACAUUAUGCAAGACUUAGUGAAGGCCGGCUUCAUGGGCAGGAAGUCCGGUAAAGGGUUCUACAUCUACGAGAAGGGCACCAAGAACAGAGACGUCAACCAGGAGGCGGUUCAGCUCUUGAAGGACAAGUACUCUCUGCAACCACGUGGCGCUAACACGGUGGAAGACCAACAACUUAGAAUGGUGUCCAGAUUUGUUAACGAAGCAGUAUUAUCACUUGAAGAGAAAAUUCUGCAUAGUCCAUUGGAAGGAGAUGUUGGAGCUGUAUUUGGUCUAGGAUUCCCACCGUUCACUGGUGGACCGUUCAGGUGGGUGGAUCAAUUUGGCGCCGACAAACUCGUGAAGAAAAUGGAAGAAUACCAGGGACUGUAUGGCGCGCCAUUUAAGCCAGCUCAAACACUUGUAGACAUGGCCAAAGAUAGCAGCAAGAAAUUUCACAAGAACUAAACUAUAUAUAAGUUGACUGACUGUCCACAAAUUUUCCUACCAUAGCUCUUCCAUAU